UGUGCGUGUUUUUGGUCUGAUCACGUGAGAUGCUUUUUUGCUCCAUUGCAUGCUGGGAAGCAAACUUUUUGAAAAUGGCGACAUCUUUAGGAGCUAAUAUUUACAACAGACAAAAUUGGGAAGACGCGGAUUUUCCUAUUCUCUGCCAGACAUGUCUUGGAGAGAAUCCUUAUAUUCGAAUGACCAAGGAGAAAUAUGGCAAGGAGUGCAAGAUAUGUGCCAGGCCCUUCACAGUGUUCCGAUGGUGUCCUGGGACCCGCAUGCGAUUCAAAAAGACAGAGGUGUGCCAGACGUGCAGUAAGAUGAAGAAUGUCUGUCAGACGUGCCUGCUGGAUCUAGAGUAUGGCUUGCCAAUACAGGUCCGAGACACUGGGCUGUCAAUCAAGGACGACGUGCCAAAAUCCGAUGUGAACAAGGAAUACUACACUCAGAACAUGGAAAGAGAGAUAGGGAACUCUGAUGGUACACGGCCAGUGGGUCUCCUGGGUAAGGCCCCCAGCUCUAGUGACAUGCUGCUGAAGCUAGCCCGCACCACGCCUUACUACAAGAGGAACAGACCACACAUCUGCUCCUUCUGGGUGAAGGGAGAAUGUAAGAGAGGAGAAGAGUGUCCCUACAGGCAUGAGAAGCCAACUGAUCCUGACGAUCCCCUGGCAGACCAGAACAUUAAGGACCGUUACUAUGGUAUCAAUGACCCUGUGGCUGACAAGCUGCUGAAGAGGGCCUCCACCAUGCCUAGACUGGAUACGCCAGAGGACAAGUCCAUCACUACGCUGUAUGUGGGGGGGCUCGGAGACUCCAUCACUGACUCAGAGCUCAGGAACCAUUUCUACCAGUUUGGGGAGAUCCGGACCACCACCAUCGUUCAGAGGCAGCAGUGUGCCUUCAUCCAGUUUGCCACCCGUCAGGCUGCAGAGUUGGCUGCUGAGAAAUCCUUCAACAAGCUCAUUAUCAAAGGUCGCAGACUCAACGUCAAGUGGGGCAGGUCCCAGGGAGCGCGGGGGAAGGAGGGAAGGGAGAGGGAAGGGGUGACUGAGAUGGGGAUGAAGCUGGAGCCGGUACCUGGACUGCCUGGAGCGCUACCUCCGCCACCUGUGGAUGAAGACGCCCCUACCAACUAUUUCAACCUGGGCCCUAACUCAGCCCCUCCUGUCAUGAACAUCAGUCUACCCCCACCCCCCGGCGUGGCUAUGCCCCCUCCAGGCUUUGGCCCACCUAUGUUCCACUCGAUGGACCCCAUGGCGAUACCCCAUCCCAUUGGGAUGAGGCCUCCUGGCCAUGUCCACUACCCCUCCCAGGAUCCACAGCGCAUGGGUGCUCACGCCAGUCGUCACGGAGGCUCCUAGGCCCUACUGGUUAUAGUGAUUGCUGUUUUUAAUGACAUUUUGAUUUAGUCUUCUACCAAUUCCUUACCAAAUGACCAAUUCCACCCUAUAAACAAACCAGGCACAGUGACUGUAGACAUGUUUCACCAAUGUGAGAUCCGUAUUCAAAUCAAAUCAAAUCAAAUUUUAUUUGUCACAUACACAUGGUUAGCAGAUGUUAAUGCGAGUGUAGCGAAAUGCUUGUGCUUCUAGUUCCGACAAUGCAGUAAUAACGAGCAAGUAAUCUAACUAACAAUUCCAAAAAAAAAACUACUGUCAGUAUUCUAAGCGUUAUAGAGGAUGACCUCUGUUUGUGCACCCAGCAAGGUCUCGCUGGUUAGGAAAAGUGAGUUCUGAACAGUGUAAUUUUUAAUAGUUCCUUAAACCUUCCCCCAUUUGAACCUAUGUUCUAACUAAGGGUUAGAACCGGUUCAGGGAGCAGAACCGAAAAUAAAUUAUUUGAGGAAAAGAACCCCAAACUUGAAAACGUGAUCUAUAGUGGUCCGGAACAGUCCACAAACAUUGCAACGAAGCACCUAUGCAAAGCCCUCUCUGUCACUCAAACUUAUUCCAGCAUCUGCCUUCCAGGUGGAAAUUUUUGCCAGUGGGUGUGUGUGUUGGCUACUUGCCCCUCCCCUCUGAAGCAUAGGUUACUGUAGUCUACUGACGACGUUACACGCAUCAUUCAGAAAUUAGGGAGAGAUGUUUAUUUAAAGAAUUAAUUUACUUUUUCAAUGAUAGUUAAGGAUACUAUUGUUUUCACACCUCACAUUGGAUUUAUUAACUACAAAAAGGUAAGAUGUGUUUUUCAUUCUUGUUCUGCAGAAACAUUAGCUUGUUAGCUAAUGUUUGAUAUGGUCCAACAUUAAACCAACUCGGAAGUUCAAUGACAUUCAAAGUUUCUCCAUAGAAGCCGUUCCUCCGUAGGUAUAAUUCUGUUGGCCUAAUUCAGAUAAUGCAUGUCAUAACAAGAUGCCCAGGGCUUCAAGGCAAACUUCCUCCAUCCUCUCUCUCUCCUCACCCUCAAAUUUUCUGUUGCAUUUCACGCCAUGCACACAGUGUGUGUGUUUGUCUUUCAUUAUGAUUAAACCAUGCUGUUACGGCAAAACACUAUUUGCGCUUAACAACUUUCCUAUACAGAUUAAGUCGCUUACUCGCUCCACAGCAAGCUGCUCUAUCCGCACUGAUUGGUGAAGAAAUUAAAUGUUGAGCUAAAUGUAAACAAAAAUGUAUAUUUCAGAGGUUUAAAUAGGAAUAUGAAGGAGCUAUAUGUUGGAACCGGUUCAGCACUUUAUUUUGCUGGUCAGAACAGGGAAACGGGAUGAAAAAAAUAAUGGUUCUGUUCAAAAAUGAAACGAUUGUAAAAAUUAUUUAUAUUCCAACCCUUGGUUCUAACUCUGAUGGCUUGUAGAUUUGAAAAGAGGGAGGUUUAUGUUUGCAAAAUGUGCAUAUUGUACAAAACAUUUCUUAUACAAGAAAAUGUCAAACUAUUUCCCUCUGUACAAAAUUAUUCUGUAUAUCAUGCAUUUCGUGCAGAAUUGUCAGACGUUAAAGAUGGAGUCCUCAUUAGGACAAAAAGCUCCUUUAUUUAUUUUGUUGUUGUUGAUGAAAUGGAGGUGAGCACCGCGGCAAUCAUUUUUAUGCCAUACAUAUUCUGCUCUAUCGUAUGUGCAACAGUGUCAAAGGGGGGGUUCAUUGUUUGCUGUAUUUUUUUUUGUUGUAAUAUCCCAAACGGACAUGGCAAUUUCAUCAAGUAUUACAGCUUUAACGGUCUUAUGAAAUUCCAAUUGUUAAUUAAGACCAUUUACUUCCAAGUGGUGGCACUAUUAUCUAAAGAUUGCUGAAGUUGUCCAUGUCUGUAGAAUUGUAAAUGUCUAUGUUUUAAUAGAACUGUGAAGUGUAUGGUUGUCACAUUUUAGCUUCAUGAAUAUUAUCAUUUCAUUUGAAAAGUUAUGUACAUAGUUUACCAAGUUCUGUCCUUGAUAAAGAAUUACCUGGUUUAAGGCA